ACCUUGGUGACUUUCGCGUCGUCAAGUUUAUAUGUCAACAUUGUCAACAAUAAUAUAGGUUAUUAGUGAUAAGAAUGCCCUCAGGAGUGGCGAAACGACUGACGCCACCAUGGAGACCACCCACAUCUGUCAACUAGCCUCACAGCUUCGGAUCUCUCAGCACAAACCCAGCGUUCUCACACUGUCCACGGACACCCUGUCCUCUCUCCUCUCCUCCUUCACCCUAAUCGAAGAACAAUCGACGUCGUUCCAAGUCAAGCAGCCCCACAACUUCAAAGCCGAACUCCUAAGAGACUUACAGUACCUCAGCAACUACAUCCAGCAAGCUAAAACGUUCAAACUUUACUGGAGCCCGUGCGAAGACCCCUAUCUCGAUCUGACGAAGUUCAAAAAUGUGCUCUCGAUUGAGUUUUGUAAGGUUGAUGUGAAUUGUGUAAGGGGGUUGCAGGCGCUGCGGCCCCAAUUGAGAAAAAUCGUGUGCCAAAAAACCUGCAACUGUUUAGCGGACGUGUUGAGUAAUUGUGGGGGCGACCAGAGUCACGCGUAUUGUUGGAAUGAGCUCAAGGAGGCUAGUUUUAUUAACAAUGGGAUUGUGGAGGUGGAUCAAAGUCUGGAAUGCGCCCCCUGGCUGCACACGUUGGACUUGAGUCAUAACGAGAUUACAAACAUCGAAGCUUUGAGUUGUUUACACAACUUGAAAUAUCUUAAUUUGUCGUAUAAUAAGUUGGAGGGGGUGCCGCCUUUGAAGGGACAGAUUUGUAGCCGUUUGCAGAACCUCAUCCUCAAGAACAACUUCAUCGAGGACCUAGCAGGCCUGCGCACCCUCACCAAUUUAUGGGUGCUGGACCUCAGCAACAACUGCCUCGUCGAGCACAAAUCCCUCCUCACUCUCUCCCACUUAGCCACCCUCCAGUGGCUCAACCUCCAAAACAACCCCCUGAGCUGGCACCCAAACCACCGCAACAGAACCGCCAGCUACCUCCACACCAACACCGCUUCCACCCACUUCGUGCUCAACAACGCCGCCUUGACCAAAAGCGAGAAGCACCUGGCGGGGUCCUACCACCCCCACCAGGCCAGAGGGGGCACCUUCGCCACCGACUCCGUCAACCUCGCGAGCGACAAGGUGCGCCGGGUGCGGCACGUGGUGAUCGAGGAGGAGAACGCCGUGAGGGAGAGCCGCGACGAGCGGCUCCCAACGGGUCAGAGGCAGUACUUGGAGACGAAGAGGCAAAUCGAGGACCUCCACGAGAAGUUCGGGGAGUCGUGGCUGAACUCCCAGAGCGGCUUACUAGACGUGCUGGGGUUGGAAGGCAUCGCCGUGGGGUUGUCCACCAGCCCGUACGAAGCCGACUUUACCAUCUACUCCGGGGAUUUCACCUCGCACAAGGACGAAGUGGAGAAAGCUGAAGAGGUGGAGGUCGACGACGAGAAUAUCAACGAAGAGUAUAAUGAAGUGGACACUCCGGAUGUUAGCAUGGAGGAGCCGGACGUGGAGGAGGAGAGUAUUUAUCUGGCGACUGUCAAAAAUGAGACUGAGCCGGUGCUUCUGGUCGUGGGGCAAACGCAUCUCUCGGAGAGGGAGUGCUCGACGAGCAACGAAAGGGAUAAGUGGCACGUGGACAGCAUCCUCAGCUGCGAGAUCAUCGACGAGGGGGUGACGGUCCAGAUGGAUUUUGAGACGAUGAGGAAGGAUAGGAAGCAGAGAAUUUACGUUUUCGAGGACGAAAUCGAGGCUUUCGUGGCCAGAGUCAAAAAUAAAAUUAAUUCAAGGACCCCCAAGAAGGAGGACGACGUGAAGUACCAAUGUAUGAAGUGCUCCACGGUGUUUGCCAAACUGAAGAACGGCUCGAUUUUGGAGGAAGAGGCGGUUGUGAAGUGCCCAAACUGUGAUAGUACACUGGUGGUAGAAUACUCAUAAUUUCAAAUAUUUUUGUUUUUUUUUUUAAGAACAUACGAUAUACAUUGUUUAUCAUUCUUAAGCCUGAUAUGUAUAUAAUUUAAGAAUAAACUAUUUCGUAACGCUU